AGAAAAAAAACCGUCAUAUCAGCUCUCUGAUAGUCUGAUACCGCUUUGGUCACACGCCCAACGUCUCCGAUUUCCACUUCUACGAGCUCGAUUAUGGCUGAGUUCUUCCUGAAGUCUCUCGUUCUAGCAUGGCUUGAUAGAGCACUGGCCGAAUAAUCGCCUUUUUCGAUUAUUCUAGGUCUGGAAUCCAUCGGGCAAGGAGGAAAACAAGGGGGUUUGGGGGAUUCGGCUUCAGAUCGAUAGCCUGCGGUGUCUUGCUUGGCUGAGUUUUUGCGUCAAUGCGAACUGGUGGAAUCUUGAAAAUUGGGAAAACCAGUGUUUUGGUUUGGGAAUAAGUGGUCUGUGAGUAAGCAUCUAGGUUUAAAGCUAUCUAGUAUAAUUUGACGAAGGAGUAAGUUCUGGAGUUGAUCUGCAGCUGAUCGGUUGAGGGAAAGCUGGUAUAUUCUGGCCUUUUUGAAGUCGGUGAAGUCCGGAAGCUGCAUCAUUCCAGCGUGUGGGUAUUACCUGUUAUUUCUUCGGUGUUGUUGAUACUUGAUCCUGCUGUCGUCAUGGAACAAGCCAUCGGUGGAAAGUUUAAGCUUGGGAGAAAGAUUGGAAGUGGAUCUUUUGGAGAAUUAUAUCUUGGUGUCAACAUACAGAGCGGGGAAGAAGUAGCCGUCAAGUUGGAAUCUGUAAAGACAAAGCAUCCUCAACUUCAUUACGAAUCCAAACUUUACAUGCUUCUUCAGGGUGGAACUGGAAUUCCUCACCUGAAGUGGUUUGGCGUGGAGGGUGAGUACAAUAUAAUGGUCAUUGACCUUCUUGGGCCAAGCCUAGAAGACUUAUUCAACUAUUGCAAUCGAAAGUUCUCAUUAAAAACUGUACUCAUGCUUGCUGAUCAGAUGGUCAACCGUGUUGAAUACAUGCACUCAAGAGGCUUUCUUCACCGUGACAUUAAGCCAGACAAUUUUCUCAUGGGCUUAGGACGCAGAGCCAAUCAAGUUUAUAUUAUUGAUUAUGGUCUUGCAAAGAAAUAUAGAGACCUUCAAACACAUAAACAUAUUCCAUACAGAGAAAAUAAAAAUCUAACUGGAACGGCACGGUAUGCAAGUGUAAACACUCAUCUUGGGGUUGAGCAAAGCAGGAGGGAUGAUUUGGAAUCUCUUGGUUAUGUCCUCAUGUAUUUUUUAAGAGGAAGCCUUCCUUGGCAGGGUCUAAGAGCUGGUACCAAAAAACAGAAGUACGAUAAAAUCAGUGAAAAGAAAAUGCUUACUCCUGUUGAGGUGCUGUGCAAAUCACAUCCACCUGAAUUUGUAUCUUACUUCCACUAUUGCCGGUCAUUGCGAUUUGAAGACAAACCAGAUUAUUCUUAUUUGAAGAGACUUUUUCGUGACCUUUUUAUUAGAGAAGGUUAUCAAUUUGAUUAUGUUUUUGAUUGGACUGCGUUAAAGUAUCCUCAAGUUGGUGCUGAGAUCAGAGCAAGUCCUGGUGGUAAAGCAAGUGGAGCAAUCGGACCUUCAGUAGAAAGAACAGACAAGGCUUCAGUGGGACAGGAGUUUCGGGAUAGAUUCUCUGGUGCGGUUGAAGCAUUUGCUAGGAGGGCUGUCUCUGGUGUUGGUCAUCACGGAGAGCAUUCUAAGCACAAAGCUUUGGAGGAUGCAUCACCAAAGGAUCUAUUGGAUUCAGAGAAAGCACAAGCAUCCUCUUCUGGCAAUGGCGGCAUCUCGAAGAGGGCUGUUAUCUCAAGCAGCCGCCAAAGUUCAGACAAGCCAGGCAGACUGGUCUCAGGCGGCGGCGGCGGCGGCGGCAGCAUUCACCCCGCCAUAAAACAGAUUAGUUUCAAUCAACCCGCCGCCGAAUCCAGGUCCUCAUCUCUCUCCCGAACUGCAAUCGCAAGAACUUCCCGAGACGAAAAUCCAGUCAGAAGCUUUGAGCUCCUCUCCAUCAACGCUGAUAAAAGGAAAUAACAACCAGUGGCUUUCCUUCAGAACCAGUAAAUCUGUAGUGAUGUCUUCUUUGCAGUGAAACUGGAGAUGGUAAAUAUGAAAAUGAACAAAAAGAUAUUUAGCUUUCAGCAUCCAUUAGAUGAACUGUAGGCCUUGCAUUAUUAUUUCCCCUCCCAAGCUUUGCAUAGUCGGGAACUUUGGAUGAAAGGAUCCUAUUCUGCAACAGAUUGAUUCGGGAGGGAGAGCAAAUGGCCUCUGCUGUUGGGCGAAUUAUUGCAUCCAGUCACAUCCGGACAACCAAUCCGGACACGCCAAAUCACCCAAAUACAUCGGGACCCGGUGUAUUUUGCUGAUGUGGCGUGUCUGGAUUGGUGUCCAGACGAAUCCGGACACCGGACGCAAUAAUUUGCCCUGGUAUUGUAAUUGUUUGAUGAUAAAUAAAGUAUUAAACAUUUUGAGCUUUGAGAUUCUCUAUUAUGUUAUUCGGAUUAUUCCCAUUUGUUCUUUGGAUGUUGGAUUGGAUCACUAUAUUGACACGUGUUUGACCGAUAUGAGAAAAAUGUGGCUGAAAUAAAUGAAAUUUGUAUGGUGAA